GACUUUUGCCCAACUUUAACCAACAGGCUCCGUGUUUUCCCCACUGACUCAGAGAAGAGAUGAGAAAGGCAAGAGAGAGAGAGGGAGAGAGGGAGUGCAGCUUUUACCGCUUCUGUAUUUGUUGCGCUGCCCUUUCGGCCCAGUGUGUGCUGAGUCUAUUCAAUGUGAAGCCAUGAAGUGCCGAGCUGAGCUGGGAGUCAACAGCACCCAGGUUCCACAUCGGUGAGCUUCGGGUCUUCUUCCCUUAUGACACCAUCUACCCGGAGCAGUACCGAUACAUGUGCGAGCUCAAGCGAGCGUUGGAUGCCAAAGGCAACAGCGUCCUUGAAAUGCCCACAGGAACAGGCAAGACCGUGACACUCUUUUCUUUGAUCACCUCGUACCAGUGGGCGCAUCCUGAACUUGGGCGCUUGGUCUACUGCACCCGAACCGUGCCCGAGAUGAGCAAAGCAGUGGAGGAACUACGGAAGGUCAUCGACUUUCGCGUGGAGGUCCUGGCCAAAGAGUUGGAUGCUGGAAGUGAAGCACCCAAGGGCCUCGCUGCCGGUCACAUCUUAGCAGUGGGCCUGAGCGCACGCCGAAAUAUGUGUGUGCAUCCGGAGGUGAGCAAGGAAGGCGACCGAGAGCGGGUGGACGAGAUGUGUCGGCAGCUGACAGCCCCCUGGACCAGAGAAAAGAAGACCGCCAGCUGCGUCCAUUUCGAGAAGUACGAAAGUGCCUUGGGUCAACAGUCACAAUUGCUGGACACAGGCAUCUACACCAUCGAAGACUUGAGGGUGAAAGGGAUGGACAAGGAGUAUGGCUGGUGCCCCUACUAUGCUGCCCGCCGUCUUAUUCAAGCAUCGAGUGUCGUGGUUCUCAACUAUCAGUACGUGCUGGAUCCCAAAGUUUCCUUAGCCUCAUCUCUUGGGGGCGCCCCCAGCUUGCCUGGCGGCAAGAUGCGGGCAGGCGGAUUGAGUUCCAUUGAGCCCAGCAUCGUGGUCUUUGAUGAGGCCCACAACAUCGAUGACGUUUGCAUCGAAUCGCUCAGUGUGAAAUUGAAUCGCCAGCGACUGGACCAGUCCUCUGGGAAUCUCACCAGGUUGGGCAAUGAAAUCGAACGUGUCAAGAAGGAGGAUGCUUCACGGCUACAGGAGGAGUACAAGCGCUUGGUUCAAGGCUUGCGACAAGCAGGGCAGAUCGAUGAAGCCAUGGCAGAUCAACUGCAAAGCCCGGUGCUGCCCGAGGACUUGGUCUCCGAAGCCAUCCCGGGGAACAUCCGCCGAGCCGAGCAUUUCAUCGCCCUCUUACGACGAAUCGUCAACUUCUGCCGACGCUACUUGCACGUGGAGCGCGCGCAGUGUGAGGGUCCACUCUCGAUUUGUCACAAACUGGAGGAGGAUGCCGAGGUCGACUCCAAAUCGCUGAAGUUUUGUCACGAACGGCUGCGAUCUCUGCUGAACACGUUGCAAGUGUCUAACCUCGAGGAGUUCACGCCCAUCACCAAGGUGGCCGACUUUGUGACCCUUCUGGGAACCUAUUCCCAGGGUUUCACCAUCAUCGUUGACCCUUAUCCAGAAGCACAAGGCAUCUACGACCCCACCUUGAUCUUACGAUGUUUGGACGCGUCGAUCGCCAUUCGCCCGGUCUUGAAGCGGUACCAGUCGGUGGUGCUGACCUCUGGAACCAUUUCACCCCUGGAGAUGUAUCCCAAGAUUUUGGGCAUGUCCAAUGUGGUGGCGACUGAAUCCUUUAGCAUUACGAUGGAGAGGAAGUGCCUAUGUCCGCUGAUCGUCACCCAUGGCCCCGAUCAGGUGCCCAUCUCAUCCCGCUUCAGUCUUCGAGAGGAUCCCAGUGUGGUGCAAAACUAUGGAAGUCUACUAGAGCAACUGGUGCAGACGGUUCCUGACGGCCUCGUGCUUCCGGCAGCAGGUCAUCGGCAUGGGCUGUACAUCAACCUAGUUCUGUCACGCUCGGUGUGCUUCUUUACCUCCUACCGCUACUUGGAGCAAGUCCUCGAGAAGUGGUAUGAGACAGGUGUGAUUUCCCGAGUCCUCAAGCACAAGCUCUUGUUCAUCGAGACUGCUGAUGUGGUUGCCACCACCUAUGCUCUGAACCUUUACCGACAGGCCUGCGACUCUGGUCAGGGCGCUGUGUUCCUCUCAGUGGCACGUGGGAAGGUGGCCGAAGGCAUUGACUUUGAUCGACACUACGGGCGCUGCGUGGUGCUCUUCGGUGUACCCUUUCAAUACACCUUAUCUCGUGAGCUUCGUGCCAGGUUGGAGUUCCUUCGCCAACACUACGAUAUCAAGGAAUCGGAGUUCCUCAACUUCGACGCCAUGCGCCAGGCCUCCCAAUGCCUCGGCCGUGUGAUCCGAUCCAAGCGCGACUAUGGCGUGAUGAUCUUCGCGGAUCAGCGCUAUGCACGGAGCGACAAGCGCUCGAAGAUCCCAGAUUGGAUCCGACAUUUCCUCGAGCCGGGCCACGUCUUCAUGGCCUCAGAUCUGGCGGUGGAAGCGGCAGGGAACUUCUUGCUGCAGAUGUCGCAGCCCUUUGAGGAGAAGACCGGUGUGGGCGCCUCCGUCCUAACACCUCAAGCCUUACAGGAGCUGCAGGCAGAAGGUUCCAAGGCCAGCGACUCCAAGGAGAUGGAGAAGUCUGCGAUCUUUGCGCCACCACUGAAGCGCCUGAAGUUGAACCUUUCCACACCUCCUGAUCCACCGAGCUCCAAUCUUGACGCCGUGUCCAAGCAGAUCUGGUGAGAUGCGUCCAAUGCUUUGGUAUUUGCAAAAGUCUUUUGAACCCAAGGAUUGGUCCUUGGGACUCGGGGCACUUACCGA